AAGACAGGGUAGAGGGAAGAGUGUUGUGCCGCUUUCUCGUGUAAGACCACCUUCUCCACCCCCUCAAGGUCAACCUCACCCUCAAGGCGAAGGAACUGGAGGCCGACGUGAGCUAUCCCUUGAAUGAGCCAAGGCGGAGAGCGAGGAAGAACGAAAGAUGUCCUACGGGCGUGUGCGAGGUGCGGGCGCGCGGGAGCUCCUGGGCGUGCUGGCGAUAUGGGCGGUUUGUCUCACGGGCCUGACGGAGGCGCAGCAGAAGGUUAACGUGUUGGUGAUGUACGAGGAGAACAACAUGCCGGCUAAGCAGGGAAUCAUGGCUGCCAUCAAGCACUUGGAGUCAACAGCCUCAGAAGGGGUCACCUUGGGUCGAAAGGACAUGAUGGCGGUCAAGCAAGGAGACGACAUCGAGGUGACAGUGAACGCAACCUGUGAUUUAGUGGACGCAGCCAUUGACGCGUCCGAACCCCCGCACAUUGUCUUAGACGCGACCACAGCGGGGAUUAUGUCCGAAACCGUGAAAUCUUUCACCAGAGCUCUCGCUUUGCCUACGUUUUCGGCUUCGUACGGACAGGAUGGGGACCUAAGAGAAUGGCGCGACCUGACCUCCGACGAAGAGAACUACCUCGUCCAGCUGAUGCCUCCCGGGGACAUCAUCGUGCAAGCCAUCAGGGACAUUCACGACAUGGCGGCGCACUCAGAACUCUCCAACGCGGGAAUUUAUGAUGAUACGUUCGUUCUGAUGGAACACAAGUACAAGUCGUUGCUUCAGAACCUUCCCUGUCGACAUAUCAUGACGAUGGUGGAGAAGACAGAGGCGGGACUGAGGAACCAGACGAGGAGGCUGAAGGAUGCCGACAUCGUGAACUACUUCGCCGUGGGGAAUCUGGCCACCAUCAGCAAGAUCCUGGAUGCUGCGACCUUCAACGGGAUGUUCGGGCGGAAGUAUGCCUGGUAUGCGCUCUCGAAGCAACGCGAGGACCUGGAGUGUGGGUGCGAGAACGCCUCCGUGGUCUUCCUCCGCCCCCACAGCACCUCCGAGAUGCGAGGGCGGCUGCAGAUGCUGGAGAAGAACUAUCAGCUGAUGACCGUCCCGCGGAUCGACUCCGCCUUCUAUUUCGACUUCGCGGUCAGGGGAUCAAGGCGGCGAGGUGAUCGCUUAGCCGGACAAGGGAAAUACGCCGACUUCAACUUCCUGAAAUGCUCUGAGUUCGAGGAAGGGAGCCCGCCGGUGCGAGCGGGCUUCGACCUCCGCAGCGCACUCAAGACGGUCCAAGCCGACAGCUGGGCCACCAUCAGCUGGGGCGCCAACGGCAUGAGCUACCUGGACAUCGCCCUCACCAUGGACAAGUUCAUGAUCCUGCGCGGGAGGACAGCCGAGCGGAAGUCCCUGGGCGAGUGGGAUGCCGGGAUGCCGGGCACGCUCAUGUUCAAGAGCGGGAUGAACCUGAACGAUUUCCAGCUAUACGCCAAUUACACGCACUUCACCACCCCUAAUAUCGUAACAUUCCCCGCCGAUCCACCUCCCUCCUCUAUCCAACAGACGAGCAGACACAUUCGGCACCGUCGACACACCCGCUCACCGUCAUGCAAGAGACGAGUAAAACGAGAUCCGUCCACUUCACACUGUAUUCACAUAACUAUGCGAGAAUCUACGAUGCUAAGAAAGAAGGCAUAUGAUACACAUCCUCAUGAAGAGAAGCCCAAAAGUUCACACCGAUCACUCUUCAAGUUUCUGACGGUGUUGGAGCCCGAGGUGUGGGUGUGCAUCCUCUUCGCCUAUGGGUUCACGAGCAUUCUCCUCUACAUCUUCGACCGCUUCAGCCCCUACAGUUAUCAGAACAAUAAGGACAAAUACAAAGACGAUGACGAAAAGAGAGAAUUCACCUUGAAGGAAUGCCUUUGGUUCUGCAUGACGUCACUCACUCCUCAGGGAGGCGGCGAGGCUCCCAAGAAUUUGUCCGGGCGACUGGUGGCAGCGACCUGGUGGCUCUUCGGUUUCAUUAUCAUCGCUUCGUACACGGCCAACUUGGCUGCUUUCCUGACUGUCUCCCGUUUGGACACGCCCAUCGAGUCCCUGGACGACCUGAGCAACCAGUACAAGGUGCAGUACGCGCCCAUGAACGGCACCUCCACCAUGACCUACUUCGAGCGCAUGGCCUACAUCGAGAAGAAGUUCUACGAGAUCUGGAAGGACAUGUCCCUCAACGACUCCAUGAGCGACAUCGAGCGAGCCAAGCUGGCCGUGUGGGACUACCCCGUCAGCGACAAGUACACCAAGAUGUGGCAGAGCAUGCAGGAGGCGGGGCUGCCGGGGAACUUCGAGGACGUCCUCACCCGCGUCAGGAAGUCGACGUCGUCCAGCGAGGGAUUCGCGUAUUUGGGUGAUGCCACUGACAUCCGGUAUCUCGUCCUCACCAACUGUGAUCUACAGAUGGUCGGAGAAGAGUUCUCGCGCAAGCCAUAUGCCAUUGCAGUCCAGCAGGGUUCGCCCCUCAAGGACCAGUUUAACGAUGCCAUCCUGAAGCUGCUGAACCAACGUAAGCUGGAGACCCUGAAGGAGCGAUGGUGGAACCAGAACCCGGAGAAGAAGAAGUGCGAGAAGGACGACGACCAGAGCGACGGCAUCAGUAUCGAGAAUAUUGGUGGUGUGUUCAUCGUGAUCUUCGUGGGCAUCGGACUGGCGUGCGUGACCCUGGCCUUCGAGUACUGGUGGUACAAACACCGCAAGGGACCCCGUGUCACCGACUCCGCGAAAGUCCUGUCUGUUCGCGAGAUUGAGAAGACGGAGAAAUCGAAUUUUAAUACGGAAUAUAACGGCACAAAUAACGGCUUUGACAUCGCACCGGUUGGCAAUCCUUGGUAGUGUUGCAACAGGAGAACCCGACCUUGCUCAUUCCUGCCAUCUGGCGGCAACGCUGGGAAGCUGCACGUGACGUCACUCGGUCGCUUAUUCAACAAUUACCACGUCAGUUGUAGGGUGGUCGAAAGACAGUGGGGCGUGAUGAUCAAAUAUAAGUUUUUUUUUCCUGUAAAACGGAAAUGUUAGUUUGAAAACAAACUUUAUUUUAUUUUAAUCGUUUGGUUUAUGAUAACACCCAUAUAUAAUGUUUUGUGUUGUAAUCUGCAUAAGAAAUAUAUAUAUAUAUUUUUGUGAGAAAGAAAAGUAUUGUCUUGGAGAGUUAAAACAUAUUCAAAAUCGAGCAUAGUUCAAAAUAAGCAGAACUGACUGUACUUUACUCAAAACAUUGUUCGCAUGAAGUCAUAGUUGAUUCCAUUGUUUGCACUUUACAUCAUAAACUAAAUCAAGAUCGUGUUGUAGAUAUAUCACAACCAGUUAGUUUUUAACUUAACAAGCGCAAUGCCCUUAACAUUAUUAAUUGUAGGAAUUUUAUAGUUAGAGAAAUGGCAAGAUUUUGCGAAAAAAGCAGAACGUAUACAGGAAACAGUGUAGCAGGAAUCCUUGCUAGAAUGUAGCAGACAGCGAUUGGAACUAGCGUUGAAAAGUACAAAGUGUUGGGAAAAAAUGCACAAAUCAAUCAUAGUUACCAAAAUAUGAUACUAUUUAAAACCCGAACUAAAAUAUUUAUGGUAGUACGCACAUUCUAGAUUAUUCUACGUCAGUAUACAGCGUAUAGUAUUUAAGUAGCACUUCUUGCUAUACAAAUAUCUUCACUAUAGCGUGGUCUCUUUUCCUAAACAACUAAGUGGAAACUCUCUCCUGUUGCCAUAUGUGGGAUAUACGUUUAAUCUUAAAUAAAUCAUACAUACUCAUAUUCUCAUUGUUGAUGUUGAAUGUAGAUUAUAUAUAUAUAUACUUAUAUACAUAUGUAUAUCACAGGUUUAUAUGGAUACUAUAAAGACAUUGUAUUCCCAAACUUCUUUUCUUUGUGUUAUUAUCCAUACUGAGUGUAAAUAAAAUGGUAC